UGCCCAACAUAUACCUUAAUAAGUCGAUACUGCCGGCCAACCUUACAUCCUGUCCUGUAACAGCACGUCCUUGCCGUCCAAUCAAGACAAAAUACACCGACAUGGUAAAGUCGCGUCUCCAUACGCCAUAUAUAUAAUCCGAAUCAUCCGUCACUUGUCAAUGCUGCAAGCUCCGCGGGCAGUCCGUCCUCUCCCCGCUCUGUCAAGCAACGUCUGCCCUUCACUUCCUGGGAAUUGAAGCCGCAGCUUCAAGCGUCCUGCCUGGACUCUCUGCUUGAUUUCACAAGAACACAGUACUCAGCUCGAGUAUGUCUUGGUUCUCUAUCCUUCCGCCGAGCAUCUCGUUCAUUGAAACAUGGGCUAUCCGCAUCUUUCUCCUACUCGGCGCUUUGUCAAUAGGCCCAUGGCUGCUGCUCAUAGUCUACGACGCGAUCCUAUAUAUUUUCCGUACCGCGACAUAUGAUAUCCCUUACAUUGGUGGCCGAGCAAGAAACAGGCCGAGACCCAGAGCGCCGAGCUUAAGUGAGAGGCCCAAUGGAAGAGCCCGAACGUUCAGUCUGACUGUUCCAGGGGUUCCCGCGGCAGUAGAAUCAGUGGAAGGCGCAGCGGCUGGGCUAAGGAAACGUGCGGAGAGAUCAGAUCAUGAGGGAAGCAGCAGCAAUGUUAUGGGAGAUGGUCGAACACCAAACUUUUUAUUAUGACCCUGUUCUAGAUUUCAGGUCAAUCGUUCAAGGACUUUCAGCAAAUCUGCAGUGACCCCCAUAGCGGUGACUUCGCCUCCAGCACCUGCUCCCUGUACGAUCAGGGGAUUG